UUCAGUGUUUGGCAUAGAGACAUGUUUGUCAUGAACUCCCAUUGUAUAUACAUGUCAUUUAUCAAGUGAUGAUGUUCUUUAAAGUAUAUACCGGAUUAGGACUUAGGAGUGAACUCUGCCCUACACAUAAUUCUCAGCUGAUAGGAAUCAAUUCUUAUCAACUUCAAGGUCGUAGGAAUACAAUGUUUGGUUAUUCUUUCAUUGUUUGCCAUGGAGACAUGAGUUAUCUUCAUCAGAUCAUUGUCAAAUUUAAAGUGCUCUUCAUUUAUUUUACAUCAUCCGCAACUCCUACGGUAGUACCAACAGAAAAUGAUCAGCUUGAAAGUUUUGAAUGCAAUGUUAGGGAGUACUAUAAAGUAGAGCAUAUAUGUGAUAGAAGUGUUCUGAUCUAUGGAACAUAUUUAUUUGGCAGCAGUAGAUGCUUCCACAUAUUUCAAGGUUUUUAAUAUUUGUGAUUUUUCCCUGUUACAAGUUUCUAAUAAAUAUCCUCGCAAAAAAAAGUUUCUAAUAAAUAGAAGAUGGCCACUUUCUCAAAAUUUUCAUUUGUCCCAAAGUGGUCGGAUCCUUCCCUUGACCCUGCGCAAGCGGGAGCUACAUGCACCGGGCUGCCCUUUAGCUUCUGCUAAAAAUUUCUAGCAAGUAUAGAAGGGCGGAACUUUCAACAAAGAUAUGAGAACAUCAGAGCACUCCUUGACACCCCUUCAUUCCAAAUUUCUCAACUUGCUCUGCUUUGACUUCAAAAACUGUCUCACUGAAAGAUGCACUUUGUAUUGGUUAGUGCGGGUUCAUUAAAGAUCAGACGGACCAUAACCAUGGUUCCAACUGUGAAGAUGAGACCAUCACAAUGCUAACUGUCAUCAAAUGCAUCACCUACAUUCCCUGCAAAAUAAAAAUAAAAAUGCACCACCUACAUGUGCAGUAAAACAGAAGGAAAAUGCAGAAUCCAUGACCUAGCUCAGCAUCAAGCACAUACAAACAUAUCUAGUUAUAUGCAUAUAAAAAUCAGUAUUUUCUUGGUCAGCAGAUCACAAAAAGGACACAAACGGUAGGUUCCAUCUAGUCAGGGGGUUAGGUUAGGGACACCAUGUGGAUGAGGCAAUCUUAAUUCUCGGCCACACCAAGAUUGUUUGGUGCUCGGCAGCACUAAUGCCCAAUAUAUUACCUAACCGAGCCAUCCAAAUGCUACAUAGAGUUAAUCCUCCUGUAGACCUGAACCCCCUUCAUGAGCAGCCCCAUGGAGGAAGCUCACCUUGGCAUGCCGUCGAGGACGGCCUUCUUCCCGCUGGCAGGGCUCCACAAGUUCAUGGCCGUCUUCCUCGUGUUCCUCUCGUGGAUCCUGGUCCACUGGUGGAGCCUGAGGAAGCAGAAGGGGCCACGGUCAUGGCCGGUCAUCGGCGCGACGCUGGAGCAGCUGAGGAACUACUACCGGAUGCACCACUGGCUCGUGGAGUACCUGUCCAAGCACCGGACGGUCACCGUCGACAUGCCCUUCACCUCCUACACCUACAUCGCCGACCCGGUGAACGUCGAGCACGUGCUCAAGACCAACUUCAACAAUUACCCCAAGGGGGAGGUGUACAGGUCCUACAUGGACGUGCUGCUCGGCGACGGCAUAUUCAACGCCGACGGCGAGUUCUGGAGGAAGCAGAGGAAGACGGCGAGCUUCGAGUUCGCUUCCAAGAACUUGAGAGACUUCAGCACGAUCGUGUUCAGGGAGUACUCCCUGAAGCUGUCCAGCAUCCUGAGCCAGGCUUGCAAGGCAGGCAAAGUUGUGGACAUGCAGGAGCUGUACAUGAGGAUGACGCUGGACUCGAUCUGCAAGGUGGGGUUCGGGGUGGAGAUCGGCACGCUGUCGCCGGAGCUGCCGGAGAACAGCUUCGCGCAGGCCUUCGACGCCGCCAACAUCAUCGUGACGCUGCGGUUCAUCGACCCGCUGUGGCGCGUGAAGAAAUUCCUGCACGUCGGCUCGGAGGCGCUGCUGGAGCAGAGCAUCAAGCUCGUCGACGAGUUCACCUACAGCGUCAUCCGCCGGCGCAAGGCCGAGAUCGUGCAAGCCCGGGCCAGCGGCAAGCAGGAGAAGAUCAAGCACGACAUACUGUCGCGGUUCAUCGAGCUGGGCGAGGCCGGCGGCGACGACGGCGGCAGCCUGUUCGGGGACGACAAGGGCCUCCGCGACGUGGUGCUCAACUUCGUCAUCGCCGGGCGGGACACGACGGCCACGACGCUCUCCUGGUUCACCUACAUGGCCAUGACGCACCCGGCCGUGGCCGAGAAGCUCCGCCGCGAGCUGGCCGCCUUCGAGUCCGAGCGCGCCCGCGAGGAUGGCGUCGCUCUGGUCCCCUGCAGCGACGGCGAGGGCUCCGACGAGGCCUUCGCCGCCCGCGUGGCGCAGUUCGCGGGACUCCUGAGCUACGACGGGCUCGGGAAGCUGGUGUACCUCCACGCGUGCGUGACGGAGACGCUCCGCCUGUACCCGGCGGUGCCGCAGGACCCCAAGGGCAUCGCGGAGGACGACGUGCUCCCGGACGGCACCAAGGUGCGCGCCGGCGGGAUGGUGACGUACGUGCCCUACUCCAUGGGGCGGAUGGAGUACAACUGGGGCCCCGACGCCGCCAGCUUCCGGCCAGAGCGGUGGAUCGGCGACGACGGCGCCUUCCGCAACGCGUCGCCGUUCAAGUUCACGGCGUUCCAGGCGGGGCCGCGGAUAUGCCUGGGCAAGGACUCGGCGUACCUGCAGAUGAAGAUGGCGCUGGCCAUCCUGUGCAGGUUCUUCAGGUUCGAGCUCGUGGAGGGCCACCCCGUCAAGUACCGCAUGAUGACCAUCCUCUCCAUGGCGCACGGCCUCAAGGUCCGCGUCUCCAGGGCGCCGCUCGCCUGAUCUUGGUCUGGUUCCGGCGACGGUGAUGGACGCUCCGGUGGCUGUCUGGCUAGACGGCCGGCGUGUUAUGACAGGCUCGAUUUAACUUAGCAAUUGUGAUAAACUCGUAUAUGUAGGCAGAGUGGAGAGUGUGUUGAUCGAUUUGCCAUGGACGUUGCUCGUCCGUUGUUACCGUCGUACCAUGUUUGUAUUGCUUCUAGAUCAUUAUAGUUCGUGUUUGUUCUUGAGCCUAAGUAUU